AAAUGAAAAACUUUAAGAAAUUUCAGAGACCAUUAAUUUAAACCAACAAUGGAAUAUUCAGAUCAUCAAACUUCACCUCGUCGGAUUGAACGGAGUAGAGAAAUGGCGCCUGGAUGUUCUGUGAUGUCCUCCGAGUCCCACCUGUUUCAGAGCUUGAACGGACUUCAACAGCUAGCCGAGAUGCGUCGAUACAAGGCUUGGUUUUUGGAUCAAUUCGGAGUUCUGCACGACGGGAAACAGCCUUAUCCCGGAGCUGUUGUAGCGUUGAAGAAGUUGGCAGAAUGUGGCACUAAGAUGGUCAUUAUAAGUAAUUCUUCAAGACGCUCAUCGACGACGAUGGAAAAAUUGAAGAGCCUUGGAUUUGACCCCAAUCUAUUUGUUGGAGCCAUUACAAGUGGAGAACUCACUCAUCAGUACCUUCAAAGGAGGGAUGAUGCGUGGUUUGCUGCUCUUGGUAGAACUUGCAUUCACAUGACUUGGAGUUCCCGUGGAGCUAUAUCACUUGAGGGUCUGGGCUUAAGAGUUGUGGAUAAGGUUGAAGAAGCCGAGUUCUUAUUGGCCCAUGGUACUGAAGCUUUGGGGCAGCCUUCUGGUGAUUCACUUCCAAUGACACUUGAGGAACUUGAGAAAAUAUUGGAGCAGUGUGUGGCCAAAAAGAUUCCGAUGGUGGUAGCUAACCCAGACUAUGUGACUGUUGAGGCUAGAAAUUUGCGUGUAAUGCCUGGUACUCUUGCAUCUAAAUAUGAAAAGCUUGGUGGUGAAGUGAAAUGGAUGGGCAAACCUGAUAAGAUCAUCUACCAAUCAGCAAUGUCCAUGGCUGGUGUCGAUGCAUCUGAUUCACUUGCUGUUGGCGAUUCUCUCCACCACGACAUCAAGGGUGCAAAUGCAGCGGGAAUCCAAUCGGUUUUCGUAACCGGUGGCAUCCACACAACUGAACUCGGACUUGGUGAUUAUGGAGAAAUGGCUGAUUUAUCUUCUAUCAUAGCUCUAGCUUCAAAAUAUAAUGCUUGCCCCUCUUAUAUACUGCCUUCAUUUACAUGGUAGAGUAUUUUUUGUUUAGUUGGGUAGACGGGGAUUCGGUCCUUAACUUUUGGUCGAGGUUAUAAUUUCCUAACCAGUAACCUAUGUUUAUUAUUACUUUUUAUUUUUGUUCUAUCAGAAUGGUUGCCCUAUUAGCACAUGAGUGUUCUUUGGGCAAAGACUAUGGAGGUAAAGUUUGGGACAAACAUGGUUUUGAUUUUUGUUUAUUCAUGAUUUUAAGAUUGGUUAUUUAUUUUAAAUAAGCUGAAUAA